AUGUCUCCCGCACGACAAGAAUACCAGAUCACAGAUGACGUCCCCGUCCUGAUUUGGAGGCGGCCCAUGCGGCCUACUCCUGGCAUACCUGUUGGCGCAGCUGGGAGAACACUAGAGCUGUGUCGCCAGUUUGGCCUAGACGUGAAUGCAAUACGCCGCCUGGGAACCUGUCGUCAAAAUGCAUUCUGGGUGAAUUUCGUGACACAUCUGAGUGGGAGGCAAGUGGGACGGCUGCCCUUUGAGCGGAUGGAUCCGGAGGUGUUGGACGAAACUCCUACGAUGCUUCAUAACAUUCCGCAACCGGAUUUCGAAGAAUACGUGCAGCAGAAGCUCAUGAAGAAUUCUUUGGUCGAGAUUCGCAAGAAUCAUUCCUUUGUGAGGCUUGGGGAUUUCGGGGACUAUGUGGUUGCAACGAUUGAGGACCGGGCAGCGCAGCGAGAAUAUCAUGUCAAGUGCAAAUACUUGGUUGGUUGUGAUGGUGCAAAGAGUGCCGUUCGAAGGUGUCUCGGAGUGGAGAGCGAGGGAGAAGAUUCUUACGAGACAAUGAUGACCAUCCACAUCAAUGCCAAUCUGUACCCAGUUGUGAAAGAACGAGUGGGCAUGCUACACUGGGUGAAGGUUCCAGAGGUCUCCGGGGUCAUCAUCGGGUAUGAUUUCGGAGGAAACCAAGUAUUGCUUUGCAACUUUGAUGCCCAGAAGCACCCGGUAGAAUCUUGGAAUGAGACUUUAUGCCGCAAGAUCGUCGAUGCUGCCAUUGGGACGCACAUUCCAUACGACGUCCUCAGCUAUCGACCUUGGGUUCUCAGUCGCAAAGUGGCCAGGUCUUACCGCAUCAACCGCGUUCUCCUGGCCGGUGAUGCUGCUCAUUCCUUCCCCCCCACCGGUGGCCUAGGCCUCAAUAGCGGCCUCGGCGACGUUCACAACCUCGCCUACAAGCUCGCUGCUAUCCACCACGGCUGGGCCAGCCCUUCGCUUCUGGACACCUACGAACUCGAGCGUCGUCCCCUCGCGCUAGUCAAUGCAGCCCAAAGUGUCAAGAACGGACAACAAAUAUUCCGUCUUCUGAAAAACAAUCCUAAGCUUGCUGGUGCAGUCAACGAAGGCAUCGAAGGCCAACGCGAGCAUUUCGACAAUCUGGGUCUUCAUAUUGGGUAUAUCUAUGGUAAGACUGAGAUUCCCGGGUGUGCGUCUACCUAUGAGCCAGAAUGUGUGUCGGGGGCGAGAUUACCUCAUGCUUGGAUACAGCCUUCAAGCUCUAUCGCUGGUCAACUGGGACCGAUCGACUCCUCGUAUGUAAAGGAGUUGUCGGCAGAGGAGGUGCAACGCAAGCAAUACUCGACGCUGGACCUGUGUGUGUUCGACGCAUUUACAAUACUUGUGGAUGAAGGGUACGCAGACUUCUGGAGAAUUGUCUUAGAGAAAGCUAGGGAAAGGUUGCCGCGUGGACUUAAGGUCAAUCUAGUCGUUCGGGGCGCGGAUUUCGACCUGCAGCCUGGAGAAGUGAGCGAGAAGUGGUGGACACUGACGGGGCUGAUGAAGGGUCAGGCAGUCCGGACCAGCAUAUUCUCGCUGUAUUUCGGCACUGCUCUGGGGAUGCGAUGGAAGUAG